UCUUUAACAAACCCUAACCAUGUUGAAGGUGGUGAUGAUCAUGGCUUCUAUGUUCAUUCCAUUAGCUCAUUUAUCUGCACUUGACCAGUGUUCUAAAUGUGGCAAAAUGGAAGUUCCAUACCCUCUUAGCAUUGCUGACAACUGUGGAGAUUCUAAUUACAGAGUCUACUGCAACAAUGGAACCUUAGAGUUCUUAUCUGAAGAGAAGUCUUAUUAUAAGAUACUAAGCAUUGAUGCAGAGGCUUCAAGGCUUAUAAUUAGCCCACCAGAGAUAGACAAGAAGAAGUGUUACUCAUCUGACCUUAUGGUUGGAGGAUUAAAGAUCAAUGAGAGCUCUCCAUUCAAUAUAUCUAAUAGCAAUACAGUCAUGUUAUUUAAUUGCUCAAAGGAUAUCCUUUUAUCACCUUUGAAUUGUUCUUCAAAUAGUCUGUGUAGGCAAUAUGAAGAGAAAGUUGAGGGAGGGAGACGAUGUCGCAACACUCUGUGCUGUUCUUACUUGAAGGAUGCAUCAAUGACUUCACAUAGGAUCAGAGUUAGGGUUGGAGGUUGCACUGCAUAUACAAGUGUGGUGGACUUGAAGGCUGAAGACCCUCCAACUUCUUGGAAUUAUGGUAUAGAACUACAAUGGCUUCCACCUAACUGA